ACCAAAGCGGACGAACAGUGAACAAGACGUAUGGAGCAUGUGUGUGUGAGACUUGAAUCUGAAUGUGUGUGUGAGAGAGAGAGAGAGCUGUCGGGAGUCAUGGGGGCCGUGCUCAGCUGGGGAUUCGUUCGGCUCUGUGCUUUAACCAUGGACACAGCUGCGAUCCUCAGGCUCUGGAGUGCCCAGGACUCCCUUGAGGACUCUCCGCUUGACGACGGAGGACUAGAGGAGGCGGGGGCUUUCGGCGAGUCGGAUCCCCCGGAGUGGAGUGACCACGUGGCGGAGAGUUCGACCGAGGAGUACUACGACUCCCGCUCGUGGCAUAGCGAAACCUUUUCGGACAACGAGGAUUGCCUCUCAGCCCUCCUGGGCGCAGAGGACCUAUACAAAGGAUGGCGCCUGGAGAACGGCCUCCAGUCGAAGGAGCGUAGGCCGCAUCGGCCCAGGAGGCGUCCCAGCGAUGCCAGAGAACCCACAGAGACCAGCAGCACAGAGACCAGCGGCGUAGACGACGCUAACUUGGACCAGCACAGCAUAGCAACCUGCAGCACAGGCACUCCCACAGAAGGCCUAGUAUGUACAGACAACCCCAAUACACUAAGCACAGCCUGUGAUGUCUCGAACUGUCUAGAGACUCACAACACAAAGUCAUGUGACAGCAGCGACACAAUCAGCACACCCAACUCAGAGGCCUGUAGCCCAGAUACAGAGAUCUUGUCUACAAACUCACAAUGCACAGAGACAACACACACAGACUCAUCCUGUUCAAAAACACAAGGACCUGAAACAGCACAGUCUUUUGAGACCGACUGUGCGCUUAGCACUGACAGACACUGCAGCAUCUCUCCGGACCAUCACAGCAAAGAGAAUAGCAACACUGACACACCUGUUACAGAAACACAAAGCACAUGUACUCCCAGUCAGAGAGUUACACAUAUAGACCAGCAGCCUACCCCAGACAGAGACACAAAGCCCUGCCGCGAAACAAGCGUAUUGAGUGUCCAAUCCCAGGUGUGUGUCGGCACUACAGUGGAACAGGAUCCUCUCCAUGGGACAGAUCCGACUGUUAGAAGUACAGCAGGUUCGGAGGAGGCUGGACUUCCUCCCGCAUCGACUCCUCGUCGCCCUGACCCAGAGUGCUCUCUAUUGGAGUCCCACCCACUUGCUGACCCUCCUUCAAGUGUAAAGACAGGGGCCGAUGGGGCGGUGUUGAAAACAAGCCAACAAGAACAGCAGCAGGCUCAAACAGAACAAGAGCCACGGCUGGAGAAUGAUGAAGAUGGUGUUGCUACCCUCCAAGUAAUAUUCGAGGGUCCACACAAAGAGGACAUCAUUUGUGUCGAAGCCAACAACCCUUCAUCUACCUGUGACCAGAGUGUCUUGCCUAAGUGCGCUGUUGAGCAUCAUCUUGAUGAGUUCGUCACCUUAGACACAGAGUCCAAUUCAGACCUAAUUACACAAUCUAACACUGUGAAACAGCCUGAGGAAUGUUCACCCCUCCCCCACAGCGACUGCAAGGACGCUCCCUCACGGAUUUGUGAUGUAAGGCAAUCCACCCAGGCCCAAAACGAGGGGGAGGCAAGAGAGCAGGCGUUAUCAGUGGGGGGGCGCAAAGAGAAGGAGGCCGAAGAGGAGGAGGAGAAGGAGAAAAGAGGCCGCCAUGUUUACUUAAAACAGGAACAGGAUGUGGACAGCACACAGCAACCCCUAGAAUCCAACUCACACACACAAGAGCUCCCCCAUCAUGAAGGACAGUACGCAGAACCAGCGCAGCAUAAACCUACCGACAUUUCUGUUGAAGUAAUUGAGGAGCCAUUUUUGACACAAACUGAAGCAGGUGAUAGGACAGAGGCGUGCGGGAUCCUAAAUGACCCCAGCGGCCCACGGGAAACGGAGCUUCUUCAGGCGGACAUCAUCGCCACUCUGGCCUCUGAUCUCCGGACCAUAGAGAUCACACUGGACACCCACUCCACGCUCUCCAAACAGGUCCAAUCGCAGCUGGACGAGCUGGUGCCUAACUGCUGUGGGAAGUCCUCGUGUUCCUCCGACUCCAACAACAACACCAAGCCCGUGGUGGCUCCCAGUGGCGAGGAGUCCGCUAGCUGUAACCUCUCCCUAGAGCUUUUCACUGUAGACAGGACUGAAAGCAGCUUUGAGGACUGUGAUAAACUGCACACGCCCUCCCAAUCUCAGGCUACAGCGCAAACCACAGACUUGCCCUGGGAGAUCCCCAACGGGGCCACCAGCCCUGCUGAGGAGGAAGAAGAGGAAGAAGAGAGGAGCUCGGAAGAUCUAUUGUGCCCUCUUGAUUUCGAGCCUUACUGGAGCAGUGAGGACUCUGCUUUUUCUGGGAUAGGAGAUGAGACUGAGGGGGUGCGCUGCGAGUUCACCCUAGCUGAUGUGGAUGCACUGGUGAAAUUUCCACAGCAAGGGUAUCUUGACGCUGAGAAUCUCUCUCAUCACAUAUAUCCCUCACGGUCCCUAGAGAGUUCUGAAGACAGUAGCAGGCUAGACAGCACUGCUAACACCACCCAGGACUUUCCCCAGACAAACCAGGAAAAUGGAGACGAUCUUGAGCCUUUAACUAGCCGUUUACUGUUAGAAAAUAACAAGGCAGAGGAGCAGGAGAGUGAAUCAUUUGAAACCAAGCCCAUAUCUGACGAUCACAGCACCAACACCAGGAACCGCAGUAGUAGCAGCGAUUGUCCAGAGUUGGAUUACUGUACAAUCAGUUCAGUAACCUCUCCACAUAUCAUCCAGACUACAGUACGGAUAGUGAGGCACCCAUACCCAGAUUCGGGGCUCGGUCUGCUCUCGGUCCCCAGCCUUGAGCCCAUUCUGGAGACGGACCGCUCCCAGGAGAAUUCUGUGGUGGCUGAGGAUGAAGAGCUGAGCGAGUGUGAACUACAAAGGAGAGGAGGGGUGGGGAUGAAGCCAGCCGGGGAGGAUCGAGAGGGGAGGGACGCCAUCGUCUUCUCCUCCGACAUGCCCGCCUUGUGCCUACAAGCUCCGAGUCCCUCGGACGAACCCAACGCCGAGCUCUCUCGUCCAGAGACGGAGCCGCUGCACUGUGACCCCUGUGCCCCUGACGCCGACCCGGGGCGAGAAAGGGCCGCGACCCUGCAGCCCGAAGACGACGUGGGCUCGGAGAGACGCAGGAGGAGUCCCACGGCCUCGUCUCAGGACCUGGACACCACCAGCACAAAUAGCGAGGAGACGGACGAGCUUUGUGCGGGUCACACAGGUGGGGGUGCCAGCCCCCGGAAACCCUCGAAGAGCAAGGGCAAGGGCAGCCACUCGGGCAAGGGCUCCAAGUUCUCUGUCUUUGCAAAGAUGCCCUCCUUCAGGAAGGGGAAGAGCACCUCCAAGGAUGGCAAGAAGGGGCCCAGGGAGUCCUCGGACGGCGGGGUGGACCUGCUCUUUUACCGGGCGCACAGCGUGGAGCCGAGAGAUCCAGAACGCGAUAACUCCGACGAUGACGUCUUCGACAAGGGCGACAUCCUCAACCAGACGGUCCAGCAGGCCUUUUCCGCAUCCCAGCACGACGGGGAGGAUGACGAGGACCACGGGUUCUUCCCCACGGCGCCUCGCACGCGGCACGUCCGCCAGCUCUACAGCCAGGGCGGGGACGAAGCCGACAAGGAAGGUAGCCCCGAGUCGGGGCACGGCAGACUGACCCCAGGUGGUUCGGACGUAGUGCACUACAAGAGGAGUAAGAGCAGCGACAGCCUGAGCUUACGACUGCGCUUCGCCCAGGCACACAAGUCCCUGUCCAGUCUGUUCGAGUCCCGUGCGAUGGACAGGGAGAACGAGGAGCACGGCGGUCCAGGCGGGCGGCCUGAGGGGGAGGACCCGCGGGCGGUCAAGCAGUCCUGGCGGAGGUUACGGCGGGCCAAAGAAGCGGAGCUUCUGCGUCGCACCGUGUCGGUGCCGGACGGCGAGCAGCCCAAGGGCGGCACGCGGCAGGUCCACAGCGACUACGCCACGCGCUCGGCCCAGGAGAGGAUCAGCACGCCGGGCUCGCCCAGCAGCCCCCGCACCCUCUGCUACACCGACCCCCUCUCCAAGAGGGGCAUCCAGCAGGACGUCGUCGUCUCGGACGACUCGCCCCAGGGCAGCAAGUCCGAGGGGCGACGGAGAAAGGCCCCUCCCAACGGCCUGUCCAUCAGCUUCUCAGACUCGGGCCCGCCGUCCUCGGACGACUCGGAAGCGCCGCCUCACGCCGACUUCAGCCCCUCGUCGCCCUUGAGCCCCGGCUCGCUCGGAACCUUAGCCCUUCACAUGUCCGCGCGCUCGCCGGGGACUAAUGAGAGCGCGGACAUCCCCAUACGGCCCAUGAGCCCCAAACCUCACAUGAGCCCCAGGCCAGCGAGCCAGCGGCGGAACUUCCGCUACGGCCCCGCGCGCUCCAGCGCCCUCUCGCUCAUCCUCCUGGGCCAGGGCAUGAGCGUGGAGGCCCUCUCCGAGCCUCCGGAGAGGCCCAAGACCCUGAAGCCCAAGGCAGGGCCCAUGGGCUCCCUCAGCCCCCUCAGCCCCAUGGAUCUCAUCGGCCAGCGCGAGGAUGGGGCUAUGGAGGGCCAGUCGCAAAACAGCCUGGUCACAUCCACAUCCAGUAAUGAUUUUGAGGCCUCACAAGAUGGCAGUAGACCUGCCACAAGCACGCCAGCAAAGAAACUGAUGGAGAUGGUGGACACCCCACGGCAGGUCGCACGAACGCCGCCGAGCGGCCCCACCAGGUCAGUGUCGGACAUGGGCGCGGGCAGCGGGCAGGAGCGCGGGCAGAAGCGCGGGCAGGUGUUCCGCAGGCGGCGCUGCUGCUCGGACGACCUGUGGAUCGAGGAGGAGAAGAACCGCAAGAGGAAGCUGGCCCGCGCUGUGCGCGAGCUCCACGCCCGGAUCCCGGAAGAGAUGGAGAAAGCCAGGGCUCGUCUCUCCCUCUCCGCCAUGGAGCCCUUCUCCGGGAUGCCCCUCCGCUCCCACUGCUUCUCCCACAGCACCCCCAUCGGCCUGGACUGCCUGGGCUGGAGGCGACGCUUGUCCUACCCCACGGUGAUCCUGCCAGACGGCGCGACCGAGAAGGCCGCGUUCGGGGAUGAGGCAGGCAGCGAGGAGGACCUGUUUGAGGACUACCGCAGCUCCGGCCAUCGAUUCGGCCAUUCUGGAGGAGGCGGAGAGCAGCUGGCUAUAAACGAGCUGAUCAGCGAUGGCAGCGUCGUCUACGCCGAGGCACUGUGGGACCAUGUCACCAUGGACGACCAGGAGCUGGGCUUCAACGCCGGUGACGUCAUCGAAGUGGUAGAUGCCACCAACAAGGAGUGGUGGUGGGGCCGCAUCCUGGACAGCGAGGGCUGGUUCCCUGCCAGCUUUGUUCGGUUGCGUGUGAACCAGGAUGAGCCCAUGGAGGAGUACCUAGCGCAGCUGGAGGAGGCGCGGGAGGAGGACUGCCGGGGGGUGGGCCUGCUGCUGGGCCCCGGCCUGCCCUGCAAGGAGCAGAUGAGGACCAACGUCAUCAACGAGAUCAUGAGCACGGAGCGAGACUACAUCAAACACCUGAAGGACAUCUGCGAGGGCUACAUCAAACAGUGCCGCAAGCGAACCGACAUGUUCUCUGAGGACCAGCUGAGGACCAUAUUUGGCAACAUCGAGGAGAUUUACAGGUUUCAGAAGAAGUUCCUCAAAGGCCUGGAAAAGAAGUUCAACAAAGAGGAGCCCCACCUCAGUGAAAUCGGCUCGUGUUUCCUCGAGCAUCAAACAGAUUUCCAGAUCUACUCGGAGUACUGCAACAACCACCCCAACGCCUGCCUCCAGCUCUCCAAACUGAUGAAGGUCAACAAGUUCGUGUUCUUCUUUGAGGCGUGCCGCCUGCUUCAGAAGAUGAUUGACAUCUCUCUGGACGGUUUCCUGCUGACGCCCGUGCAGAAGAUCUGCAAGUACCCACUGCAGCUGGCCGAGCUGCUCAAGUACACCAACCCUCAGCACAGGGACUAUGCGGAUGUGGAGGCUGCCCUAAAUGCCAUGAAGAACGUGGCGAGACUUAUCAACGAGAGAAAACGGCGUCUGGAGAACGUGGACAAAAUUGCCCAGUGGCAGAGCUCCAUAGAAGACUGGGAGGGUGAAGACGUCCUCACUAGAAGUUCAGAUCUGAUCUUCUCAGGGGAGCUGACGAAGAUCUCACAGCCACAAGGAAAGAGCCAGCAGCGCAUGUUUUUCCUGUUCGAUCAUCAGAUGGUCUACUGCAAGAAGGACCUCCUGCGCAGAGACAUGCUCUACUACAAGGGCCGCAUGGACAUGGACCAGAUGGAGGUGCUGGACGUGGAGGACGGCAAGGACAAGGACUUCAACGUGAGCGUGAAGAACGCCCUGAAGCUGCGCUCGCCCAGCGGGGACGAGGUGCACCUGCUGUGCGCCAAGAAGCCCGAGCAGAAGCAGCGGUGGCUGCGCGCCCUCGCCGACGAGCGCACCCAGGUGCAGCACGACAGGGAAACAGGCUUCUCCAUCACGGAGGUCCAGAAGAAGCAGGCCAUGCUGAAUGCCAGCAAAAGCCAUCCCAGCGGGAAGCCCAAAGCGGUGACCCGACCCUACUACGACUUCCUGCUGCGCCAGAAGCACCCGUCGCUGCCCUCUGCUGUGCCCCAGCAGCAGGUCUUCAUGCUGGCCGAGCCCAAGCGCAAGACCUCCAACUUCUGGCACAACAUCGGCAGACUGACGCCGUUCAAGAAGUGAAGUCAGGAUGAAGAGAGCGAAGAAGGAGAGAGUGGAGAGAGAGUGGAGAUAGAGUGGAGAGCUCACUUAGCUCGUGCCUGAACUUAAACCGUACCUUUUAUCCUCCUUUUCUGUUUUGCUACAUUUCGUUGGGUUUUCCGUUUUUCGUUCAUUCGUUUGUUCGUUCGUUCGAUCGUUCGUUCGUUCGUUCGCUCAUGUCAUUCUUCCAAAAUAAAUGACCAACUGUUGCUAUGAUACCGAGGAUGAAGAUGACAGCAAUGGUGACGGUGUUUGUGAUGAAGAAGAAGAGGAAGAAGACGAUGAUGAUUAUGUUUAAUUUUAUGUUGUUGAGAAAGCACUUUAUAGGUUGGUUACAAUCAGACAUGGACAUAGACUGCGUGUAUCCUCUGGGAGAGCUUACCCUGGAGACUGUCGCUCUUCUCUAUGAACUAUGAACAGCAUGAAUGGGUACUAAUACUACUACGGCUGCCAGACUCUAUGGGGACUCGACAGCAGCCCUAUCUUUGAAAGAUUACUAGACUGACAAACAUUUCUUUACUUUUACCGUUUCCGCUUGUUUGUCUGUUGGUUGGUUUGUUUGUUUGUUUGUUUGUUUGUUUGUUUUGUUUUGUUUUGUGUCAACAGUUGCCAAUUGUUCACAGUGCCAGAGACAUUUGCUUUUUUUUUUUUUUAAUUUAAGUUUGUUCUUAUGUCAGCUGUGGAAAAAAAGGUUAAAAAGGGGCAUCACGAUCUGUGUAAUUAUUUCAGUUCCGGAACAUUUGCACCAUGUCUGGUACCAUCUGAUUUCAAUUAGCCACAUGGAUAGUGAUGUAGAUGGCAGUCUGUACAACCCAAAGAUGAUACUAUAACUGAGAACACACGGCUUGGUGACUUGGUGCGGAUCAAACCCAUCAUCUCUCUUACUGUCUGCAUUUCCUUCUCUGUCAUCUGCACCUCCUUUAGCCUUCUUCUCUGAGUGCCCUCUGCCUAUUAUUACUAGUACUAUUACUAUGAUCAUUAUUAUUACUGUUACUAUUAUUAUUAUUAUUAUUAUUAUUAUUAUUAUAACUUCGUUUUGGAAGUGCCAUUUUGAAGUGUCUCCUGGAUCAUAUAGCUAUGCAUGGACUGCUUUUCAACAAAGCGUGUUAUCCAAACAUGACUCUCCCAGUCUUGGCCCAAGCCCGCUUUUCCUAGCGCUGCUGAACACAAAGAAACAAACCACAACAAAAAAAAAAAAAGGAAAUAUGAUUGGGGUGGUCGUUUUGUGCAGAGCACACAGAUCUCUUUAAAAAGGCAAAUGUGUGAUUUAGCAGUUUUAUUCCCCUUAAGCCAUGGUUAAGAGGACACAUGGUCUGAAUGGAUGAUGGGGGGGGUUUUUUCCAGAGAAAAAUGCUUAAUACGACAAGAAACGACAGCAGCCUGGGAAUAAUACCCGAAUGUCUGAAUACCAUGUACAUUUUUGUCCUCCGUAUGCUGUACCAGAGAGGAAUGUGCCUGCUUUGGUAUACUGAUAGUGCUUAUCUUUUUUAAAGGGGAGGUAUAAUGUCUGUAUCUCACACUGUCCUCCAGUCUGCGUCACCUCCUCCCUCAUAGAUCCCCCCGUUUCCCUGGAGACGAAAUCUCUUAUUGAGCAUCACCGACUCGACUCCCUGAUGAAUACGCGCUCCGCUGCCGCCACAAAUCAAACGAUGUUUGUUGUGACAAAGACACACAAGAUUUUCAAAGAAACAAAAAAUACGAAACAAACACAAAAACUAACUGCUGCUUUUGUUGCCGGCUCUUGACAAUGCGAAUGGAGAGAGACUCUUGAAGAAUUUAUGGAAACUAGGUUAGGUGGACUGCAAGCCCAUAACCACGUUUGAUGCUCUGAUCUUUGCGAAGCAGAAUAUAUAUAUUUUAAUCAGCGCUGCGCUCAAAGUCAAGACUCGGGACUAUUGCAUUUCCUGUCAGGCUAUGACUAGGCCCCAUUCUCAGUUCCUCACAAUACGGAUGUACAUCAUCUUGGGUUUUCUCCAUUCUUCUCUUGUAAGUGCAGUCAAUUACACACCAUAUGAAAAAAGUCUGUAUAUUCUGUAAUCACCCCCUCUACUAUUCCAAGUGUACUGAACCGCCGCUUGUGCAAAACAAAAUGGAUGACAUCUUUUGAAUAGGUCAUAAAACUGAAAUUGCUUGUGCAUUCUUGUGGGGAAGAUACAAUGGAUUCUUUUUUCAGUUUGCCCAUAAACUGUCGAGUAGGAUGACCCAUGAAGGACACACCAGUACUGAUCCCAGAUCUGUGUAUUGGGAGUGUUGAAUGUGCAAAUAGGGCCUGCUGUGCACAGACAGACCUGAGAGACAAAGCCAAGCCUGAGGUGAAAUUAGUUUUUGGUUGUUUUUUGAUGGGAUUCUUUUUUUUUUUUUUUUGUCCCUGGUUUUCUUCCAAGCUGUGAGCCUUUCUAAUUGUGUUCCCCUUGGGAACAGUAUUGCUGCCAAAAAACAAGACAGCCCAAAAGGGGAACAGGUGUGUGAGUGUGUGUGUGUGUGUGUGUGUGUGUGUGUGUGUGUGUGUGUGUGUCUGUGUGUCUGUGUGUCUGUGUGUCUGUGUGUCUGUGUGUGUGUGUGUGUGUGUGUGUGUGUGUGUGAUGAUGAUGGUGGCAUAUACCAUGAAUAUCCAAAAGAAAGGCUUUGACUCUAAUAACUAAACUCCCCACGGACACCCCUGCUGCUGCGUGUGAACAGGAAGACCACCCCCUCUGGUCAUCACAAGAGGCCAGUUUCCAAAAGCUCUCACUAGUCAUCCCUCUGUUCUCUGUCACCAGCGAUCUGCGUUGUUCCUGUGUGUACUACAAAGUCAAUCAUGUGCAACACCUUUACCUCUUCUCAUCACACCUUCACUCCUGCUUGUGGUCCUGCAGUCAACAGCAGGGUCCGCGAAACCAUUUGCCCAGAUGAAACGACUUCAUUUGUGGACACCAUUUGUGAGCCGUACCCCUUUCGUUACCCUUUUUUUACACUGACGUCACCUGCUGCUUCUGUUGUGGCUACAUUCUGCCCUCUAGUGGAGAAUAUGUUUUAUGGUAGCUCCUUUCCAUUUUACUGCUUUUCAUUACUAAAAAACCCCCAAGAAAACGAUGGCUCGCCAUGUUGUAUAACUGGUUUUCAAACCGUUUCCUAUAACCUGCUCCCCACCCCGCUAAGACCUGGACUGGAUCAGACAGAGAGAUAUAAGUUUUUUUCGCUGAAACCCUGAUCCUGAUGGUCAGGUCUGGACAGUCAUAUCCCUUGGGCAAUUCAUCUGAAGGUUCAGGUUCAGCAGAGAAGUGAUCUUGAAAUUAUAUUUCAGUGAAAAUUGGCACAAAAAUAUGUUAAAACCCCCACUACUGGAGAACAGCAUUUCUUCAGAAUGUCUCUACGGUGGUCAUUGGUCGAGCAUGUAAAGGCAUUUUUUUAAACUCAUACAUUUUUGUCUCAUUUGAGAUUUAAAAACCAUCUACUUCUUUAAGCCUAUAAGUAAUCGUUUACCUGUUUCUACAUUCAAAUAAUGCUAUUUUGCUUAAUACAUGACUGUAACUGACCUACAAUGCGAAAAAAGAAAAAAAAAAACACUGAAAAGUAUGAGAAUGCCAAUUACUGCCUGUUGCAGUGUACCCCCUGAGUGGAGUUUGGCACUUGUGAAAAUGUAAGUAUAGUUUGUUUAAAUUACAAAACAGAGAUAAAAGACCGUGUUUGUACAUAAUAUUUGUAUGUGUAUGGUUGUUUACAUAUGCACUCAAAAAUAAUGGGGAAAUAAAACCAUUUAAAGUGUUUAA